CUAGUAUUUGAAACUAUUUAAAGAACCAGAUUUUAUAUUAUGUCAUUACGUCAGUUAGACUUUAAUUGAGAACUAUAUAUUAUAAUUCUCUUUGUUAUAAAUCUCUUUGUUGAGGAUUCUACUAACUUUUCAUACAUUUAACCAGUUCUAAAUAUUCCUAUGAUGUUUUUUUUUAAUAAUUACUCUUUAAACUUAAUUUUAUAACAAUAUGCCACCGAAGCCCAAAGAAACUGUUAAGAAACCGACACCACAAAUAGCCCGACCUGCUAUCAGCAAUGCAACUCUUCUUUACAUUCCUGAAGAUGUUGUUGAAGGCUUCCAAGAACGCAUUGAGACAGGAAUACAUUGGACACUAAUUGAAGAAGCUGCUCGUCAUCACAAACAAGGAUGUUUUAAAGAAGAUAUACCAAGAGUAUCAUUCUCAGAAGCCCUAGAAAAUAAGAUCCAUACUAGUAUUCUACGCGGCUUCCUCGACGAAGACUCAAAACUUAGUCUUGACGAACAAUGGGAACUUAUAUUGCCGACUAUUUUAUGGGAUAAUGAAAAAUUUUCUAAUGAUGAAGGAAAGACUUGCUUUCGUAGUUGUAAUUCUAUUACUGAUGACUUAGUAAAGUUAAUAAAAAAGGCUGUAAAAAUUGGAGAUAGAGGUAUAUUACAAAAAGAUCUGAAACAGGUGCAAGUUUUACGAGUAAAUGAUUCAAAGAUGACUCAUCUAGAUAGUGGUCUAACUGAAUUCAAAAAUCUCGUUACUCUGAAUCUAUGUGGAAAUUUUAUUGAACAUAUUGAUUGUGGGUUCAUGCCGAGCAAUUUGCGUAUUUUAGAGUUACAAGCAAAUAGAAUAAGCAACGUUGUACUAUUUGCUCAGUAUUUGCCCAGAGAUUUAAUUUAUCUUGGCUUAUCUCGGAAUUUACUAACCAGUGAUAAUAUAGAAGGAUUAGUGCAUUUACCACAAAACCUAACCGUGUUAGAUUUGUCUGAAAACGACAUCUAUAAUUUGGAACCGUUACUGGAUGUUCUAGUUAGAUUGCCAAACUUAACAUCGUUAAUGCUUUCAGGAAACCCUUGCUCGGUAUGUGCUGCGUAUGCUCGGACACUAACUAUGCGAUUGCAGCGUUUGAAAUGGCUAGAUUCACGGGAAAUUCUUCCUGUAGACCGAUCUUUGGAGCCAUUUGAACCCCAUCCAGAUGAUUUGCGUUCAGCUUAUUUUAACUUCACAAUUUUUCGAAUUAUGUCCGCUCCUCAGCCACCGAAGCCAGAAAAGGGAGCAACGACAACAUUCCACGUAGAGCUAGAAAUACCCCUGCUUGACUCUACUAGAAGAAAAUUCUUAAUGUUCCGUCGAAACGAGUCACUUACGGAAAUGUUACCACCUCCUGAAGAUGACGAGUGGCCCGUACAUAAAUUACCGUCAAACUUUGUCGAAAGUAAAUCCUGUAAAUCUGUUGAGGGCGAAGGGUCAUCGCAUGAGUCUGAUAUCUAUCGUCGACUGACAACUAAAAAUUCCCGGGAAAUUUGCCACUUCACUACGUUCGAGAGUAACAAAGUCCAGUGGAAUAAAGUGAUGAACUUCCAAGAACCGACAGUGCGGAUAUUUUGUCCAGAUCUCACAGCGUUGAGGGACACAUUCCGUAGUGUCAUUACUGUGAAAUUGAUUUAUUCUGUGACAAGCACGGCAAAACAAGGAAAGCCCGACAAAAAGAGCGGUCAAUUUAUGAAGGGCUCCGGAGAACAGAGAGCUGUAUUGGCGUCUAUUAAAUGCGCGCUGAGGAGUCCCGACUGGAGCCAGUCUUCGCAACAUUUCCACUGGGACGACUCGCUAGGGACCAACAACGCGAUUCAUUGGGGCGAUGGAGAUCUCUCUGUGCUCCAAUACAGUCAACUGCCAGUAAAACCAACAAAAGGCAAGCCAGAAACAGAUAUUGGAUCCUCUAGACAGAUGCCUCCUGACAACUUGACUUGUCAUUUUGCUUUUGGCAUCGACACUUUGCGGGCUUAAAAAUAUGACUAAAUUGAAAUUGCUCACUAUAGAUUUUUUUAUAUAGAAUGUUUAAUUAUUAUGAUAACUCCUUAUGACGAGUUUAUAUUGCUUACUUAAAUAUCAAUAAAUAAUAUUCGUGUCAAA